UUAUAAACAACUUGAAAGACCCAAUAGAAGCUACAAAGGGAAAAGGAGGACACAAUGUUCAAGCCACUUGAGAUUGCAGCGUUCAUAAGGGAUAUCAGGCUCAACAAUGCAUCACUCCUAACAAUUCAUCACGGAGAAUCAACAUUCAUCAGUCGAUCGCAAACAUACAUUACCAACAACCCUCGCGCAGCAGUUUUCGCCACCCUAACUCUCCACCUUUCCGGUUUCUACGCAUUCCAGAAACCAAUCAGCAACCUGAACCAUGUCUUCCAUGUCGGCCCCUGGGCCCCCAACAUUAUCGGCUCCCAUCACCACGCACGAUAUAUUAAAGCGAAGAGAGCGCAGCCGCCCUGGACCCAAGAAAAAGUCAGCGGCCCAUCAGGGGGCGCAGGUCAAGCCCCGCCCGUCGCAGAUGGAAAAGUACGAUCCGACGUUUAGAGCCUACCAAGCCGUGAAAAUGGACAGGGAUCAGCUCCUUGCGGUGAACCAGCAGCUGAAGUCACGCAUGGAAAAAAUGGAACUGCAGUCCUCGCAUUACUUCGGCAUCGUGAGCUCCAUGCUGAGCCAACUGCAUCACAAAUGUUGGAUGGCGACGUUGAACUCGCCAGAUGAGAACCACGUGAGCUGGCUUCGAACCAUCGAAGGAGCCGUGGUGGUCAAUUGGAGGCAAUCGCAGAAGCUGGUAGUGCCGGAGCUCGAUCCCUUCUUAUCAUCUCUAUUCGACCCUCAGCCUAGCAUCACGCCCGGCGCCGUACAGAGUGUUGCAGCGCCAGUGGCUGACGCUGUCCCGGCGCUUGUGGCCGGCAGCGUCCAGGGAGUUGUUGCUGGGCCAUCAGAAGGUGGGAAUCAGUGGAAGGAAUCUGAGACACGGCCGCAUGGCAGCGUGGCCGUGCCCAACACCGUACAGAGUGUUGCAGUACCAGUGCCUGACGCUGUCCCAGCGCUUGAGGCCGGCAGCGUCCAAGGAGCUUUUGCUGGGCCAUCAGAGGGUGGGAAUCAAUGGAUGGAAGAUUGGAGAUGGCCGUAUGGCAGCGCGCAUGUGCCCAACACCGGCGCAUUCGACACGACCGUAGCACAGCAGCUGCCGGAGCCAUCUGCUUCCAUGCAUGGACCUACUGCUUCCAUGUAUGGCAAGUUGGGUGACUUAACACUCAGCGACCACAACCUGAAUGUUCCUUUCUACGGGAUGAAUUCGCAGUCAUAGUGCAUGCACUCUUUCUCUGUCAUGUUUUCCAUAAUACCCCAAUAUAGGAUACCCAAAUGCAUACAUACACUUGCUACUACGAAAUCCGCCCUAUAGAGAUAAGCUGGCAUGGCUAAACGCUUGUGCUAUUGGUCCUUGAUCAGUUUGAGUGAAGUGAAGUGAACUAAACUAAACUAGAAGUGGAAGUAGAGUGACGUGAAAGUAAAGUCGAAAGUGAAGUGAAGUAGGGUAAAAGUGAAGUGAAGUGCAGUAAAGUGUAGUGAAGCAAACUGAACUAAACUAAACUGAGUUGCAACUGCAUAACUG